UAAACGAUUAGUGGGGUUCACUCAUUCAACAGAGUGCAGCGUAGUGCCUGGAGGAGUCAUCAUCGUCAUCAAGUGAAGUCAAGUGUUUGGUCUCGGGAGAUACUUUAGAACGGAUUGUCCACAGGUUGCAGUGCCUUAACGAUGUCCUCGACCAUCGAAAAGAAUGAAUAUCCCAAGGCUUCAAAUGCCUUGGUGGCGGGAGCCAUUCUAUCCUACAUUGCUUCGAUAUUCCUGAUGAUGAGCUUUUGCUCUCCGUAUUGGAUCGAAUCCUAUGAUGAAUCUUUCAGUCAGUUCAAAAACAUGGGCUUGUGGGAGUACUGUUUCAAGGAUUUCAGCUAUCCGUACUAUCAGUUUCCGAAGUUGUUCAACGGAUGCCAUCACAUCUUUAGCGAGGAAUACUAUGUCAUUCGGGAGUACCUGUUACCCGGAUGGUUGAUGGUGGUGCAGGCCCUUGUUACGCUUUCGUUCAUGUGUACUUUUGGAUCGUUGGUUAUUAUGGCUUGCGAGCUGGUGAGAUGGCCGCUGAAGAUGGUGCUGCGAUACGAAUGGAUGUUGACUUCGAUUUCAUUCGUAGGAAUUGGUUCCUCGUCACUCUUCAUGUUCCUGGCCGUGGCCAUAUUCGGAGGAAAUGCCUACCGCCGAGAUUGGCUCAUGUACCCGAAGUUCAACGUGCUCUCAUGGUCGUACGCUUUGGCCGUGGUUUCCUUCAUGAUUCUUGCCUUGGCAGCACUCCUGCUCUACAAGGAAGCCAAAAAAUCCUACGAACUCCGCCGUGAAGCCAAGAACUUGGUGAUGCAGAUGCAGAUGCAAGAACCCGGUUACCAUCCAUCGCACCACACCAGCCGAAGUCUACACAGCGGUGGAUACAUAUAAGUUGAACGGAGUUUCGCUAACUUUUUAAACACAUAAAUAUCGACGUAGUAUGGUUAGAGAUAUAGAUGUGCUUCAAAUGUAACACAGCACGUAUAAGACAAGCAGCACAAUCCAGCAGCUUCACCAGCAGGAAGCGACCUCAGCGAACCAAUCGCCUAAUUGUAACAUUGGAACAAACACCAUCAUCAUCAAUCAGUCCACGCGCAAAGGACAUAAAACGAUGCACUAAAUGUGGCCUUAUUCAGAACUUACACACAGGAACACUGAAAGAAAACGCGCGCGCACGCAAUGCAAAGCACGCAUACCAACGAUGACGUCAACGUGGCGAAUCAACACCGAAUUUUGUGGCUGCCAACUUUUUAGGAAACCAUUCCGUAUACUCCCAUUCCACAUUAGAGCUAGGGGAACCGACGUUAUUCCGUAGAAAUCAAUUCCAAUUUUUUCUCCAAUUAGUGCAUUUAAAGGCAGUUUUUACGACCAGGAAGACGGCGGUGACGACGAAUUUUCAUUAACGUUGUUUUCCUUUUUGGGCUACGCGUGUUCUUCCAAUUCAUCUCUAUUUUUAUGUUUUAAUUUCGUGGCUCUGUGCAUGUGUACUAAUUAAUGCCAAACCCGUCCGUUCUGUAGUUAUUCGUAAAUAGUUUAUAUAUUUUUAGUGCAAACAAAUGCAAUCUCGAGAAAUUCCAUUUUAGUUGAUAAGGUUGUUGACGACACUCGUUUCGAAGUUUGAUUCGAUAGAUAAUUACGAAUCUCAGUUUUUUUACUUUUCCGUCCAAUUAGUGUUAUG